AUGUCGUUCACCGAUAACCCGCCUCUCCCCUCCGCUGACUGGGACAUCCUGAUCACCGGCAGCGGAAUAAAGCAAUCUCUUCUAGCCGUAGCACUAGGCCGCGCUGGAAAGACCGUCCUCCAGAUCGACAAGAACGCCUACUACGGCGGCACCAGCACGGCCUUCUACUCCCACUCCGAGCUCGCGUCCUGGGCCGCCCGCGUCAACGACGGCCUCGAAGCCGGCUUCUCCCACGCCGAGCUCACCUGCGAUGGCGAGCUCGGGCGGGGGUUCACGGUGUCGCUGGCGCCGGACUUGGUGUACUGGGACAGCGAGCUGCUGCGGCUGCUGCGGGGCGCGGACAUGGCGGACUCGUUCUCGUGGCAGGCCGUGGGGAGCUGGUGGGUGUGGUUGACGGACGAGGAGGUGGCUGUCCCUGCUGCGGGCGGCAGCGGCAGCGGCGGGGGCGCGUUGUUGAUGGAUGCGGGCGUCAAGGCUGCGAAGGCAGUGGCGGCGGGGAAGAAGAAGUGGAACAAGGGCAGGAAGAAGGCUGCGGAGGAGGAGGAGACUGCGGGUGAGGGCGCAGCGGCCGAGGGAGCUGUAGCUGCUCCGCCGCCGCAGGAAGAGGGCGCGACGAAGCUGAGGAAUAUGGGAGGGUUCAGGGAGGUUGCCUGCACGUUUGAGGACGUGGCCUGGAGUAAGGACCUCUCAGACCGGGACCGCGGCUACCUCGGCGAGUUCCUCCGCUUCGUCAUGAAGCACGACUCGCCCGACCCCGCCGACCAGAAGUACCGCGACAUCUUCACAGAAUACAGAACCAAGCCCCUCCACGCCCUCCUCACAACCCUCUUCCCCCUCCCCCCCUCGGCCACCACCUCCCUCUCCUCCCUCUCGCUCCUCCCCACCCCGCCCACCGCCACCCCCCUCUCCCUCGCGCUCCCAGCCCUCGCCCGCCACUUCCGCUCCCUCGGCAACAUCCCCGACGUCCGCUCCGCCGCCGCACUCACAAUCGCCUACGGCGGCUCCGCGGAGCUCUGCCAGGUCCUCGCGCGCGCCGCCGCCGUCGCGGGCGGCGUAAACGUCCUUGGCCGCGGCGUCAGGUCGGUCUCAACCACCACCACUACCAAACCCGCGGAGCAGGAGCAGGAGCAGGAGCAGGAAGGAGCCGGGAAACAACGGACGCAUAAAGUGGCGCUCGAUAACGGCGAGGAGAUUGGCGUGGACUGGAUCAUUGGCAGCGCCUCGGACCUCCCUUCCCCGCAACCCACCGACACCACCACCACAACCACAACCACAACCACAACCACAACCGCCGACACCGGAGAACAGCCAGCAGCGCUGUCAAGAGCAGCCUACGUCCUCGCCGGCGAGCUCCCCGCACUGUUCGCGAAAAAGUACCCCGACGAGGCCAUCACGCCCGCCGCCGCACUGCUCAUGGUGCCCGUGGCGGCGGAGGGCGGCGUGCCCGUGUACAUCCUUGCGCGCUCGUGGGCGACGGGCGAGUGCCCGCGCGGACACACGCUGCUCUACGCCGUCACCGCUCUCGGCCACGGCGCCAUCAAGAGCGCCGUGUCGCGGCUGCUGCUGCAGCAGAGCCAGGAGGCGCCGCCGCCGCCGCCGCCGGGCGUUGCGCUGUCGCUGUUCUACACCGCCCGUGCGCCGAAGACUCGCCUGAAUGCGGAUGCGGAUGCGGAGGCGGAUGCAGCUGCGCAGGGGGUGGUGUAUCUAGACCCGGAGCAGCAGGGCGUCGUGUUCGAUGACGAGGUCGUGGAGGAGGCGCGGGGGCUGUUUGAGCGGAUCGUGGGCACGCGGGAGGGCUUCAUGAGGCUGCCGGAGGAGGCGAGGAGGCUGAUGGAUGAGAUGGAAGAGGCUUAG